CACCAGUUGCCUGUUCCGACAAUCAUGGCCAUGUCACUGCGAGCCGCGAGGCUUCUGGGCCGGAGACAAAUCUUGGCGCCACUCAGUCGACCUCUAUGCGCCUCGGCCCAAUUCCCGCGCAGCAGUGCUGUGCACCGGGCCUUCAGCACCUCCACGCCCUGGAGAAAGGAGGCUGCUGCCGCCGCUGAUGUUUUCCCGUCCAUGAAAGAGGGCCCCGCGGCCAAUUUCCUCUCCGCUCUUCAGCAAAAAUCGGCCAAGACCCCCCAGACACUCACUGAGAAGAUUGUACAACGGUAUGCUGUUGGCGUCCCCGAAGGCAAGGUCCUGCGAUCCGGCGACUAUGUCACACUGCAACCCCACAAGUGCAUGACGCAUGAUAAUUCAUGGCCCGUCGCCCUCAAGUUCAUGUCCAUUGGCGCCACCAAGAUCAACGACCCUUCGCAGAUUGUCAUGACGCUUGACCACGAUGUGCAGAACAAGUCUGAGAAGAAUCUGAAGAAGUACAACCAAAUCGAGGAGUUUGCCAAGAGCCAGGGAGUCGUCUUCUAUCCUGCUGGGCGCGGUAUUGGACAUCAGAUCAUGGUGGAAGAAGGCUACGCAUGGCCAGGUACUCUUGCCGUGGCUUCGGACAGUCACUCGAACAUGUAUGGUGGUAUUGGAUGCUUGGGAACUCCGGUUGUGCGGACGGAUGCCGCAAGCAUCUGGGCCACUGGCAAGACUUGGUGGCAGAUUCCUCCGGUCGCAAAGGUCAAUCUCAGAGGAACACUGCCCAAAGGUGUGACUGGAAAAGACGUCAUUGUAGCAUUGGCCGGCUUGUUCAAUAAGGACGAGGUAUUGAACCACGCCAUUGAGUUCACUGGAAGCGACGAAACACUCCGUAGCAUCUCCGUUGAUGACCGUCUGGCCAUUGCGAACAUGACGACCGAGUGGGGUGCUUUGACUGGACUGUUUCCCAUCGACUCCGUUCUCCACGGCUGGUUGAGGAUGAAGGCCACUGAUGCAGCCAUGUUUGGCGGCAAGAGCGAUUACAAGGACUUGCAUGAGAAGCAGUUUCUGCACAAGCGCAUCGACGAGCUCUUUGUGGACACUGGAAUCUCGGGGCGCCAGACGGGACCCAUUUUCCAGCCUGCCCUGUCCGCUGACAAGGGAGCUGUUUAUGCAAAGGAGCUGUUCCUCGACUUGUCCACGCUCUCACCCUACGUCUCUGGUCCCAACUCGGUCAAGGUCGCAACUCCACUCCCCGAGCUCGAAAGCCAGGACAUCAAGAUCAACAAGGCGUACCUCGUCUCUUGCACAAACUCGCGCGCGUCGGACAUUGCAGCUGCUGCCAAAGUCUUCAAGGAUGCCGCUGCAGCAAAUGGAGGAAAGAUUCCCCAAAUUGCGGACAACGUCAAGUUCUACAUUGCUGCUGCGUCCAUUCCUGAGCAACGCGUCGCCGAAGAACAAGGCGACUGGCAGACACUCCUCGAUGCGGGUGCGCAACCCCUUCCUUCUGGAUGCGGUCCGUGUAUCGGUCUAGGCACUGGUCUGUUGGAACCUGGAGAGGUCGGUAUCAGUGCCAGCAACCGCAACUUCAAGGGCCGUAUGGGCUCUCCCGAUGCAAAGGCCUAUCUGGCGAGCCCUGAAGUCGUAGCCGCAAGCGCCCUGUCCGGGAAGAUCUCCGGACCAGGAUGGUACGAGGCGCCCGCCAACUACGCUGGCGUUCGCCGCGGCGAGGGCGACGGCAUCCCCGAGGAAGACCGCAUGAUGACCAUUGAAGGACUGCUAGAGAAGGUGAUUAGCCAGGCCGAGUCUAUGAUUGAAUCGGCUGAGAAGGAGUCGUCCUCAACACCCCAGUCGGCCAAUCCUUCAAACACAGAUUCCGAGACUCUCACCGAAGUCCUCCCCGGCUUCCCCGAGAAGAUCAGCGGCGAAAUCGUCUUCUGCGACGCCGACAACAUCAACACCGACGGCAUCUACCCGGGCAAGUACACGUACCAGGACGACGUCUCGCGCGACAAAAUGGCCGAAGUCUGCAUGGAGAACUACGAUCCGAGUUUCGGCUCCGUCGCCAAAGCGGGCGAUAUCCUCGUGUCUGGAUUCAACUUUGGCUGCGGCAGCAGUCGCGAGCAGGCUGCUACGGCGAUCCUGGCCAAGGGCAUCCCGCUCGUGGUGGCGGGCAGCUUCGGCAACAUUUUCAGCAGGAAUAGCAUUAACAAUGCUUUGAUGGGGGUGGAGGUGCCCAAGCUGGCGAAGAGGCUGCGCGAGGUGUUCGCCCCGACGCCGGCGCAGGCGAAGCAGCUUACGAGGAGGACAGGGUGGACGCUCGAGUGGGAUGUGCGGCGUAGCACGGUUUCGGUGCAGGAGGGACCGGAUGGGGAGAAGUGGAGUGUCAAGGUGGGAGAGCUGCCGCCGAAUGUGCAGGAGAUUAUUGCGCUGGGUGGGUUGGAGAGCUGGGUCAAGAAGGAGAUUGGUAAGGGCAAGACGUUGUAGGCGGGGAGGUGACAUUUGAUGGGUGGAAGAGGAAAAUGUGUACAUUUGCAUGGGCAUGGCGUUUAUAUGUCACGCUUUUUGGGAUCGGUGGUUUGGUUUGAAUCUUGUAUUAUACCUUGCUUUUGGCGAAAUGCGUGGCGAAGCGCUGCAUUGGUAUACUGUAGAUUGCUCAUGGGGAAAGCCAGCAUGGCUAUAGGUAUCUGCGCUCUGUUCCGUUAGAGCGAGGAGUGAGUUGUGUAGAGAGCGGGAGAUGAGAAGAAAUAUAUGAUGAACUAUUAAAGGAAUAGGGCUUUAGAGGUGUUAAAAUGCUG